CUGUAAAGUAUUUGGUUUUGUUCACUUGUAAAAAACUUGUAAAUUAUAGACAUGUCAUUUGACUUAACAUAGAUUUCAGUGAUUUGACAUUUUUGUAUUUUUUGACAAUGGCACACUGAUACCGUCAGCCGUCACGACAACUGAACAAUUUAAAGUUUUGUAAAAUUAAAUGAAAAUAUUAAUAGAUCAUGUAUAUUGCGACCUGAAAACUUCAAUGAAUACAUAAUCAACAUUAAUUUUAAAAAUAAUAUUAAAUCAGAUAUUCUGAUUAUUACAAUCGUCGAGGUUAUGUACCGAUCGUAAGGUACACGUAUACAGUGUGUAUUUUUUAAUUUUUGUGAUUUUUGAAUGAAUCGAUAUGAAAUGACGUGAGGUUUGUGACGAGACAAUAGGCAGUAUUGAAGAUACUAUGUUACCACUUAUACAGAAGGAUACACGGCCGUCCCGUGGUCCCAUCUCCGGGAUUAAAGAAAAGUUUCAAAAUUGGCUCCGGUUAAUUUAUUCCGAUAAGAAUUCAAGGAAUUUAUUCCUUUUCUUAUUACUAAAUUUAUCAUUUGCCUUCGUAGAGCUCUUUUAUGGAGUAUGGACAAACAGCUUAGGUCUUAUAUCAGAUGCAUUCCAUAUGUUUUUCGACUGCACGGGUCUGGUUGCCGGGUUGGCAGCUUCACUGGUAUCAAAAUGGAGGUCUAACGAAAGAUUCUCUUAUGGUUAUGCAAGAGCUGAAGUACUAGCUGGAUUUGUUAAUGGAUUAUUUCUUUUGUUUAUUGCAUUCUUCAUUAUGAGCGAAGCUGUUGAGAGAGCUAUAGAGCCACCAGAGGUAAAACAUGAGCGUUUGCUGGUUGUAUCGGUGCUCGGAUUCCUCGUGAACCUGGUGGGCAUAUACGCGUUCCACCACGGUCAUGGACACGGCCAUGGUCACUCCCACGGCGGGCACGGACAUUCGCACAACCACCACGGGCAUUCGCACGACGACGAAGUGCACACCGGUGCGGGUUCGGCCAUCAUGAGAGGGGUGUUCCUUCACGUUCUGGCCGACACCCUCGGCUCCGUCGGCGUCAUAGUGUCCGCCAUCCUCAUGCAGACGUUCGGAUGGAUGCGAGCCGAUCCGAUCUGUUCAAUGGCAAUCGCGCUUCUGAUCGCCGCGAGUGUCAUACCCCUAGUGCGGGACUCGGCCGGGGUGCUCAUGCAACGGACUCCGACCUCUCUGGAGCGCGCGUUGCCCAGUCUCUACACGCGCGUCGUGGGCCUGGCCGGCGUGCAUGCUGUCCAGGAACCGCACUUUUGGACUCUUUGCAGUGAAAUUCACGUUGGUGCCAUGAAGCUCGAGGUGGCCCGCGAGGUGGACCCCCGAUACGUGACGGACCAGGUCGCGAGGAUCUUCAGGGAAGCCGGCGUCAAACAUCUCACCGUACAACUAGACUAUUCUCCCCUUUGAUAAGACUAACCGAUCACAAAUCUUAUUUAGGUUUUAAUGCUAGAGAGAACUGGCGUGGAUUCCGUACGUUCCUAGAUACCGUGAGAUUGAUACGAGUGAAAAUUGACGCAGUUAGUAAAUAUCACAGAGUUUGCGCUGUUUUAGAUGCAUUUCAAAGUCCACACAGUGGGCUUUAUUGUAUAUAAGGAGAAUAAAUUAUGUCAAUAUAGAAAUAAUAUAAUGUGGUGCAAUCUGUACUAAUUUAAUGUGAACAGUUUUUACAAAUAAAUUACGUGGAAGCCAUACAACAGUAUUGGUAUAACAUACUUAAUGAAAUUCCUCUUAUACUUAUAAAAAUUAUAUUGUCCGUUACAAAAGAAAAUUUUAUUUUUAUAUGUAAUGUUUUAUUUUCUUACUUCUUAUUUAUAUAUUUAUAUUUUUUUACAUUCCGUCUUUAAUAAUAUAUGAUAUUUUGUGAUUUGGUUGUCCUGCGAUUAAUAUUAAAAUAUAUAAAUACAACUUUUUUAUCAUACA